AUGCUACCGAACACGAGAACGGCGUUGGCAGCCGCCAUUCUUGGCGUGGUUGCGUUGCGCUACGCGCUGACCGAGUGUGUGUUUGCCGGAAGGUCGACGGCAGUUUGCGUGAUUCGACUAGCUGUUUCGAUUGCGGUAUCAGCCGUAGAUCUUCUGCGGCUUACCCAUGGUGCUCUUGAUGGUGAGACCACGCACGUUGUGCCAGUUCUUCUUGAGCAGACUGACAAGGUAGUUGAUGGCGAGAACGAUGUUCGCCCUCAGCUGCUCGUGGGACAUCUCGACGUUUCCAACGGCGACACCCAUGCAGAGCACCUUCUUCAGCUGGAACUUGACACUGGCCUUGAUCUCCCUGACCUUGUCCUCCAUGUUGUCGCUGUGGGUCAGUUGGGUGGGGAACUUGCCCGCCUUGUUGAGUCCGGGUCCGAGGAACCUGGGAAUCUGCGGCAGGAGCGCCUGCGAGGCGAGGAAGGCACCGUACUUGUUGGCCAACUUCUUGACGAGGGUCUUGUUCCUGUUGAACUUCUUGAGACCCUCAAGGUCGAUGUAAUCGAUUCCAAGGCUCUUGGCCUGGUCACAGUGCACCUGGUCACCGAACACGCAGACGCGAAGGCGCUGACGGGGAACGUUCUGCAGCACUACGCUACCGCUGAAACGCUUGUCCCUCUGGGUAUCAUAGUCCUUGAGCGCUACACGUGUCAUGAGCGGGGAAACAACAUUAGACAGCAAAAAACACAUUGGCACCUGACACUACAGUCGCACUGCCACGUAUCAUGCAAAACACCGGACAGAGCAAACGGUAGCGGUGACGAACAGCCUCCAAAUUACACACUCAAUAGGGCACCAGCUCCCACACACAACUCCGUUAUACGAACACGAGAGCCGCAGACUGGGCAGUAUUCUGCUGUGGUCCACCCAGACCCUCCGACGGAGGCGCCGCCCUAA